CGUCAGAAGGAGGUCAUUUUUGAAUGAGACUUCUGCACAAAAGAAGGUGUCUGCAAGACGAAAGCAGUGUGACGUUGUUAAUAAACCAAAGAUAGUGGACUCAUUAUAUCAUCAGAGAGAAGAUGUCAACCCAGUACGAGGCCCUCAAGGGCUUGUAUCACCUGAGAGAAACUAUUGGCUCAGGUGGUUUUGCCAAAGUGAAACUGGGAUAUCAUGUCCUCACUGGUGAGAAGGUGGCCAUCAAGAUCAUGGAUAAGAAACAACUUGGGGAAGACCUGCCAAGAGUAAAAACUGAGAUAGAAGCCAUGAAGGAACUGAGCCACCAGCACAUCUGUAAGCUGUACCACGUGAUUGAAACUGAUGAGAAGUUCUAUAUGGUCCUGGAGCACUGUCCAGGUGGAGAACUAUUUGAUUAUAUUGUUGCUAAAGACAAGCUGGGGGAGGAUGAGGCCCGUGUGUUCUUCAGACAGAUAGUGGGUGCAGUGGCCUAUAUCCACUUACAGGGUUAUGCACAUAGGGAUCUCAAACCAGAAAACUUACUCCUGGAUGAUGAUCAGAACUUGAAAUUGAUUGACUUUGGACUGUGUGCAAAACCAAAGGGCGGACUGACCAGCCAGUUGUUCACAUGUUGUGGCAGCCCAGCAUAUGCUGCUCCAGAGCUCAUAUCAGGAAAGGAGUACUUGGGCUGCGAGGCUGAUGUCUGGAGCAUGGGGGUGUUGCUGUAUGCACUGCUCUGUGGCUACCUGCCCUUUGAUGAUGACAGCAUAUCAGCACUUUACAGAAAAAUACAGACUGGCAAAUAUGAUGUACCACGUUUUUUGUCCAAAGAAAGUGUGCGAAUCCUGGACGACAUGCUGCAGGUUGACCCCAAGAAACGGGUCAGCAUCAAGGAACUGCAGUGUCACCCCUGGAUACUUAAAAACUUCAACAUUCCUGUGGACCACAGAACUAAAUAUAAGGUGUCAGUUCUAGAUGAAGACUGCAUCACAGAGAUGGCAGUCCAUUAUGGAAAGUCCAAAGCAGAAAUGACAGAGAUUUUAUCAAAGUGGAAGUACGACUACUUCACAUCCACCUAUUUGAUCCUGAUGGCCAAGAAGAUGAGAGGACAGCCUGUGCGUCUGCUGCAGAAACCUAAACCUUUGAGAGAGAGGCAGCAGGAAAGAAGGGAGAGAAGCAAAAGUGUUGACCUUGACCUUGCUCCAUUGGAUCCCUUCUCCUCACCAUUUUUCUCCACAAAGAGGGCACCCCCAAGGGUUGGAGAAAAUGAAGACAAGGAAAACAAAGAAAACGAGAAGAAAUCGACAAGCGGCAGUCAACACGAUAAGAAAGAAAAUAACAAGGAGGACUUUGUCAUCAAAUACAGGCCAAGACACAAAAAAGAGGGUGAAGAGACAAACAGCAAUCAAGAAAAUGUUAAAAACAAACCUCCGACAGCACAGCCACGAAGAGGGAGUGCAUCAAGUGAGGGUGCCUCUAGGUCAAGGGAGCCAUCAGCAGAGAGGAAGCAUGUCCCAGUUAAGGACUUUGAUUUUGACUUUGCUCUGCCAGAGAUCCCUAAGACCCCCAGAUACAAGAAGGGUGGAGAUCAGACUGCUGGUGUUGGAGGGGUGGGGCAGGUAUUGUCGGCACACAAAGUCAAGCCACAGACACCACCUAUGACAAGACUGUUACAGUCCACUGCCCCAGCAAGUGGUACCCCAGCCACCAAGGCCGGAGCCUUCAUAACGUCCACCUUGUCACCGUCCAGGUCAGUGGACUCUGGUCUGAACCAGAUGUCACUGGAAAGCAGGACACCAGGGACACCUGUCAGUGGACAGAACAAGGCUGGCUCCAUAGACAGCUACCUGAACCAAGUCCACAACACCACUCCCAUGAUGACCCCCACCAACAAGGGAAGGAAGGGAUCUGUGUUUGGAAGCAUUGAGAAGGGAAUGAACAGGAUGUUCAACAUGUUGACACCAAGAAAGACCAGCAAGAGUACCUCUGAUGGACCAAAGAAGGUCAAGGAAUUGCACAAUAUCUCUAACAAGACAGAGUUGAGUCCUGACAAGGUGUUGGAGAAGCUAGUGGACACUCUGGAGGAGAAGCAUAUAGUCUAUUCUCAAUCUGGCUACACAUUGAGGAUAGUGAUGAGUAACGACUGGGGAAAAGUGCACCUAGCCUUUGAUCUGGAGGUGUGUCAGAUCACCAAAACCAACCUGGUGGGCAUCCGGAGAAAGAGAGUCAAGGGGGACACAUGGCACUACAAGAAACUCUGUGAAGACGUCCUUCGCUCGGCCAAGAUUUAACUUAUAUUUGAUUAUUGCCAAUAUUUUGAGAAGAACUGAGUGAAACAAAGGACAGUGGAAUAUUUUCCUACAGCCAAAUAUCAUUUCCCAAUGCGAACAGUAUAGAAUUGGACACAGGUUACUUGUAUGCCUUGGGUGGUGGAAAAAUUGCAAUAUGUAUAUAAAGAGAAUGACUUUAUAAAGUCUCCUUGUAAAUGUAUGCUUGGGAUGUUCAUUAUUUGCUAUCUUUAUUUUGUUUUUAACCUCUCCUUUUUAAUGUAAUUGAUUCUGAAAUGUUAUGAUUGUGAAAGCUGUGUAAGUUGUAGUGCAGAGUGAUUUUACAGUAUUUGUGAUGAUUGCAAAUAUUUAAUUGUAAAUAAUAUUUUAAUGGACAGUGUUAUUGGUUAUUAGUAAUGAAAGGUUUAAUGGAUAUAUGAGAUGAUUUUUUUCUCCAUUUUUUUACCACACUAGGAUUUUACUGUGACAUUUCAAAGAGAAUUAUAAAAAGUGCAAAGAUGGAAAGUUUUAAAAGAUUUUAUUGAUAACUAGUGAAAUUUUACUAAAUUUUUGGAAGUUUGGCUGGGAGGGGGGUGGUUGAAAUGUGGUGUGGUAUGUAUGGUAUUUCCCAUCAGUAGCCUUUAUCUUUAUUAUCAUGAUAAUAUAACGUGUGCUGACCCAUGCAGGGGAGACGUGGAGGCAUCUGUGCUGUUUUAUCACAUAAUUUUGAUAAUUCUGUCACAUUCCUUGAUUACCUUGUAGUUGGGUUGUUGAUAUAUAGAGGGAGGGUAAUCAGAGGGUUAUCAUCUCAUCACAAUUACCAAGAAACUGUCUAUUGCUGUCUAAUACUGAUAUGUUUGAGGCACCAUGCUGCUCACAUGUUUAAGCCUUGGGGACCAUUCCCAGAUCGUAUUGUACUGUGGAUCGAUCUAUCUCCAAGAGGAUUCUCGCUACAUUGCAAUCAA